AUGGAAACAUUCGAAGAACAGGGAGGGGAAUCCAUGCCUCAAGCAGAUGACCCAACAAACCAGUUGGCUUCGAAGGAGCUCUCACGCGAAACUACGCUUCCGUCACGAGAAACAGUGCCCUUAUCAAAAGAAACAGUGCCCAUAUCAAAGGGAACAACGCCGCCACCGUCACGCGAAACAGCGCUACCCUCCAGGGAAACAGUGGAUGAUCAAGCUCUCGAUACUAGUGAAGCGAUAACGCAACAUGGAGAUUGUAAGGCUAGCACGGAUGCAAUGCCGAAUGAAUGUAGACCAUCAAAGGAGCAGGGAUCAGAUCCUCAAGAAGGGCUCGAACAAAAUGGACGAAAACCAGGUGAAGAGAAGCACAAAAACAUGAUUCCCGUUUAG